CUACAUGCGUUUACAUCACAUGAAGAAGACAGCUGCGUUCUGUUCUGUAAUAAAGCAGUUUUGUUUUGCACCUACUUCAUUUGGAGCAAGCGUCUCCGAACCACAGCCUGUCUGUUCUACAUACAACAAAGAUGUUCAGUGCAACAGUUUUGUAAAAAAAUAGAAUGUCAAAAAGGAGGAGUGAUCCAGACCCAUGCAGAAUGAAACAUGAAGAUAUUGAGGAACAAAGAGACCUUCAGUGAGGAAAAGCCAUUUACUUUCCGUUUUAAGGUAAGAAACGACGUUUUAAUGUCACGAACAGGCAAUAUGGUUUAAUAAUUUGUAAAUAUAAUGUCAUAUAUGUUAUUAAAUUUUUUUUUGUGAAAUAUUCAACUGUACCUGUCAAAAUGAUUUGCAGCAUCCUGCUUACUGUGUGUUAUUAGUUUUGAGCGGUUGUUAUCUGGAAAUAACGAACCUGCAAAUGUUGCGACAUUUGAAUCAAGCAUUCCAACGAGCCGAGAAGUAUAGCACGUAUCUAAUAUUUUGUUAUUAUUUUAUGUUUGUUAUAUGGAAAUGACAUAAGAAAAUCAAAAACAUCAGAAUGUAAUCUAUAAUAUUAAAAACAUCGUUCUUUUGAUGCAUUUCAGAUUUGUUGAAGGAUGAAAGUGAUGAACUGAAUGAAGUGAAGAAGAAACAUCUGAAUCCUGAAAUGCUAGAAAUGGCCUCUAGUAGUUUGCAGGAACAGAAGAUUUUCUUUCCGAAAAGAAAUAAAAAAACAGAAUCAGGCACGUCUUUCAACUGUCCUCAGUGUGGAAAGAGUUUUAAACAUAAACAUCAUCUUGAGGGGCACAUGAGAAUUCACACUGGAGAGCGCCCAUACACAUGUCCUCAGUGUGGAAAAAGUUUCACACACAAACAUCAUCUUGUGGUGCACAUAAAAAUUCACACUGGAGUGCAGCCAUACUCAUGUCCUCAGUGUGGAAAGAGUUUUAUACGAAAAUCAAGCCUUCAAGGGCACAUGAGAAUUCACACUGGAGAGCGCCCAUACACAUGUCCCCAGUGUGGAAAGAGUGUCAAACACAAAUCAACGCUUGACAGUCACAUGAGAAUUCACACUGGAGAGCGCCCAUACACAUGUCCCCAGUGUGGAAAGAGUGUCAAACACAAAUCAACGCUUGACAGUCACAUGACAAUUCACACUGGAGAGUGCCCAUACACAUGUCCCCAGUGUGGAAAGAGUGUCAAACACAAAUCAACGCUUGACAGUCACAUGAAAAUUCACACUGGAGAGCGUCCAUAUACAUGUUUUCAAUGUGGAAAGAGUUUUAGACUGAAAAGUUGUCUUGAAGUACACAUGAGAAUUCACACUGAAGAGCGCCCAUACAUAUGUCCUCAGUGUGGAAAGAGUUUCAAACACAAACAGAAUCUUGUAGUGCACGUGAGAAUUCACAGUGGAGAGUGCCCUUACGCAUGUCUCCAGUGUGGAAAGAGUUUUAAACACAAAGCAACUCGUGAGGUACACAAGAGAAUUCACACUGAAGAGCGCCCAUACGCAUGUCUUCAGUGUGAAAAGAAUUUCGAACGGAAAUCAAGUCUUGACAGUCACAUGAGAAUUCACACUGAAGAGCGCCCAUACACAUGUCCUCAGUGUGGAAAGAGUUUCACACUCAAACAAAAUCUUGUGGUGCACAUAAAAAUCCACACUGGAGAGCAUCCAUUCUCAUGUCCUCAGUGUGGAAAGAGUUUUAUACGAAAAUCAAGUCUUCAUGGGCACAUGAGCAUUCACACCGGAGAGCAUCCAUAUUCAUGUCUUCAGUGUGGAAAGGGAUUUGUACAGAAAUCAAAUCUUGAGGCACAUAAGAACAUUCACACUGGAGUGCGCCCUUACACAUGUCCUCAGUGUGGAAAGAGUUUCAUACAAAAAUCUAAUCUUAAAAUACAUGUGAAAAUUCACACUGGAGAGCAUCCAUAUUCAUGUCUUCAGUGUGGAAAGGGAUUUGUACAGAAAUCAAGUCUUGAAGCACAUAUGAGAAUUCACACUGGAGCGCGCCCACACACAUGUCCUCAGUGUAGAAAGAGUUUUAAACAUAAACAUCAUCUUGAGGGACACACGAAAAGUCACACUGGAGAGCACCCAUACACAUGUCCGCAGUGUGGAAAGAGUUUCAUACAAAAAUCUAGUCUUGACUGGCAUAUAAGAAAUCACACUAGAGAACGCCUAUAAGCAUGUUGGAAAGGGAUUCCAACAGGCACUGUCAAAGAGACCCUGUGACUAGAGACUUUUAAUAUGCCAUAUGAACUGAAACCUGCACUACAUCACAUGUACACAUAUUACAUACAUUUCUGUUUAUGCGCAAAAAAACAUCAAUUAACGUAGAAAUGUUAAUAAUUCCAUGUGUGUAUGCCUUUUGAUGAUGUGUUGUUCUAUUAAUACAAGUGUACAAAUCAAUGUUGACAAAAUGGUUUAUUUUUAUGCUACAUUCAGCUAAUGAGACAAAGACCCAUUGAACACAGGUUGAUAUAUUUAUUUGUUUUGAGGUUUACAUAUAUCGAAUACACAAGCAAACAGUUUGUACUGUACUUACGUAAUGGGUCGUCUUUCCAUGCUAUACGGUCAAAACCGGGACUAUAUAAAUGUCAUCAUUUAACUCUCCCCUUCCAUUAAAAGGCGUAGUUCAACUGUUUAGUUCAAUGGGGGAAUGUGUUUGGUGUAAUGUUACUUUUUGUAUUGAAAAUGUUUAAUUUUGCAUCAUCUGUAAUACCUACAGUAUUUGCUUAAAAUGUUUAUGCAAUGCUAAAACACAACUUUUUGUUGCUUCUAUUCCCGGAAUUAUCAUGCAUUCAAAUGACCCCUUUUAUAGUAGGUUUAGUCCUAUUAAAGGAAUAGUUCAACCAAAAAUUAAAAAGGUUGUUCCAAACCUGUAUAAAUGUCUUUGUUCUACUGAACACAAAGGAAGAUAUUUGGAAGAAUUUCAGUAACCAAACAGAACUCAUCCCUCAUUUACUGCCGUAGCAGAUAAAAAAAACUAUUGUACUAUAAUACUAUUGGAGUCAGUAGGGGAUGAGAUCUGUUUGGUUACUAGCUAGUCCUAUACCUGUGAAGUUUAAAGACAGCACCACCUAGCAUUCAUAAGAUUUUUUUAAAUAAAAUUGAUUAUAACUCUUUA